AUUUUCCAUGGAUUUCCUGUAGACAAUGGCGGGCAGACUAACUUUAUACUUCAAUAUGAGAUGACAUUUUGAAGUAUUUUCUGAGCAUACAACGCUGUUUUCCAACCAAAUAAUGAGCCAGGGACAAAAGAAAUACAUCGAGGGGAGUGAUUCUCUUCAUUUUAAUCUACUCGCCCUCUGUUCCAGAGAUUUAUCACGUCGAAAACACAUUCUCGAUUUGGUUCGCCAUCGGGCUGAGGAGCUGGCAAACGAUCGACAGACUGAAGUAUUGAAAGCUUAUCUUCCAGCUAUUCUGCGACUGUCAAAUGUUUGUCCAUUUGAAGAUGUACGCAAAGGAUUAACGAUACUUUUGCAAGAGUUAAAGGAGAACGGGGAAAAAGUGCCGCGGAAGGUUCAUGUGGGACCAUCGUUUUUUAUUCCUUCAAAAGAGGUGAUUCCAUUGAAUGGUAAUAAAGAUGAUACUGAGAGUUUACUGGUUGAAUCAUUCCUAGCAAGCGGUCGUCUCACUCACGUUCAUUGGUUAAUGGGUUAUCAUCCUCAGUACUUGGAGUGUUUUUUAAACACUCAUUUCUACCUCAUGAGGGCGGAAGGUCCACUGCCAUUCGAUUGGAGAUGUUACAUUGCAAUCUUGGCUGCAAGUCGUCAUCGUUGCUGUUAUCUGGUGAGGUUGUACGAGUCAGAGUUUUUAAAGAAUGAAGGUGACCCGAAGUGGUUGAAAGGUUUGGAACACAUUCCAAAGAAACUGUAUAAUUUGCAUAAUAUCAACAAAAUCUUGGCACAUCAACCUUGGACGGUGAACUCAGAUCAUAUGAAGGAUCUUCGUGAGGGUGAAGAUAGUUGGUCUUUAUCUGAAUUAGUUCAGGCGAUUACCAUCUUGAUUCACUUCCACUGUCUAUCAAGUUUCGUGUAUGGGUGUGGGGUGACCCCAGAGAUCGACCUCGAAGGUGGACAUACCUUCAGACCUCCCUCGUUAACCACAGAUCAUGAUUCGAACGGGCUGGAUAAUGAUGUUCAUACAGGGAGAUCUAGGGACAAUAAGGAACUCGUAGCGUUGAUGAAUGCCGUCUCGGAGAAACAGAAAGAUCAAGGCGAGGUCUCGGUCGAGAAAAUACGUCAAGAAUUUGAAAAUAUAGCUUCUGACGAGGUGGUAAAUGUGAGUUAUUCUGACAGCACCUGUACGCCGGAACAAAGUUUCUCUCAUUACCUCAAGGAUCCAAAUUUUCGUUACAAGAAUUUUGCUGAUACGAGAAAUGAGAACAAUCAGCGAUCAUUGAACGUCAACGAAUAUUCUUGGGAAGAAUAUGGUUUCUCGCUGGUCGAUAGAUUCUACCCAGAAAUGGGACAAUUACUCGACGAGAAGUUUAAAGUUUGCGAAAACUUAACCUAUAACACUGUUGGAACUGAAGAAAGUGUUGACACAAGAGCGUUCAGACAAGCAACGUGGAACUACAUCCAUCUGUUGUUUGGUCUUUUUCACGAUGAUUACAGAUAUGACGAGGUGAACAGUUUAAUGGAAAAAAGUUACAAGACAUAUAUUAAGAAGGUCGUUUGCUUUCCUGGACAAACAACUCAAGACGAUUAUCUUAAUUGUCUUCGACAACUUACUCACUCUGAAAAGGUUCAUAUCAACCUCAUCGCGUUUGAAUCUCGCAUGCAGGCAGAGUUGUUAUAUGCUCUUCGAGCAGUCAUGAGGUAGCCUCUGGUUAUGUUUGUAAACAAAAAUAUAGUAUUAUAUAGUAGAGUAAUGAUAUAGAAUAGAGUUUAUCCUUUGGCACUCAGUGUGAAAUUUAACUUAUUGAAUACGGAGAUUUAGAUACGAACGGUUUUAGCGAUUUGUGGAUGGGGCAAUUGGUGUUAUUUUACGAAUCUGUGUCUCUGUUUUAUGUGAUACAGUAGAAAAAAGUUAUCCCUUGUUCUACGAUGAAAACUCUGGGUAUAAAAGAAUAUCCACAACUAAUAUUGCUCUUUCCCAAAGAGCUUCUUAAGUUAGUUCACUUUGUUUACAUCGGAUAUUUUUGAACGGUUUGAACCAGAAUUGCUUCUGAAAUGUUUUCCAAAGUUGAACUCUCAAUUUAGUGAAGUCAUGAAAUGUUGGUUACUGUAGGUUUUGUUCUAAAAGACUUCACAACAACUAAAAUCUUGUCAACACUGAUCGUCAACUGUCGAUAGUCAACUGUCGAUAGUCCAUUUUUACUAUAGUUUAUUUAUAUUUAUUGAGCAGAAAUUAUAUAUUUCUGUUCAAAAACCAUUUUCUUUUCUCAAUA